AUGUUGCAGUUUCAUGACAAGGAUAUUAGAGCAUUUCAAGCACUAUUGGGAAGCUACAAAUCAACGCUUGCUAUCGCCCUCGAGUUCUGCACCUUCAAAACUUCUUCCGAAAACCUCGAUGCCACCAGAAACCUCGAAACGAAAAUUGAGGACUUAACUGCUCGCCUCACAGGCCAAAUGCAAGGCCUCCAAAUAGGCCUGCAAACAUUCCUUGAUUCCAGUGCUACAGGCCACAAGUCGAUAAUAGCAGACGAUCAGCGCAAGCUCGCGGAAGCGCAAGAGUCGAGAGUGUUGCAGGCAAUCGAACAGCGGAACACGGCCCUCAAGCACUGCUACCGAGCUUGUAUGGCGGUGUUCAAAGAAACAACAAAUGUGACAGGGCAUACAUACAAAUAUAUGACAGCAUCAGAGGAGUCGAAGUUUCUCAUGGGUGAUUUGGGCAACGUGCAGGGAGGUGCGAAGCACACUUACGAGAAAAUCAAUGCAACGGGUAAAGCGUGGGUGGUUACAGGAAAUAUGGAUGGCGCAUCUGCGGCAAACUUUUUUAAGUAA